AUGUCAGUUAUUGAAAGGGAUAUCACGACAGAAGAGGCUAACACCUUCGUCCGGUCUGUUGCACACCGACUAGAGAUGUAUUCCAUAGCCGAACAGAUCCAUUUCGCAAAAAGUCCCUUUGCCAAUCAAUGCGCGCAAAAUCUUCCAAAGUGUUGUAUUCAUCUUAAGAGAGCCUUUAUUGAGCUGAUGGUGCUGCGAAGUAGCAUUGCUGAGUGUUCUAUAUCCAAGGAGACUGCGUUUGACGAUCUGAUUCCAUUUUUGGACAGCUCUGACCCUAGCAUUAAGAUACCGAUAUUCGCGCUCUCUGACAUGCCCCAUCUUAGCAGCCACGAGGACAUUAGAGUCGGUAUUUCAAUGAUUAUGCGAUCUAUAAUCCAAAAUUCCUCUGCAACUGGACUGAGGGAUUCGGCGCUUUUCUUAGAAUACAAUCGAACACUCUACCCGAGACUUCAGAUUCCUGUGCCAAUAGUUGGGCGUGAUGUUCAACCUAGACGGUCUUCUACCACAAGCCUGCCCUUCAUCUUUGGGCGGUUGCUUGCACUCUCUCUAGCGUUUAAUGUACAGGUGCCGGACGUCCUUCCAGACGAUCUGUUUGCUGCCCUCUGUGGAGGGCGGUAUUUUCUAAAAGAAACUCUCUCUAUUUUCUCCAAUGGCCUUGAACUUAGCGCUGGAAAGCAGCAAAGCUCAACGAUGAGGCCACUGUAUAAGCUAUCACCGAUAAUCGUCCAUCAAGCGUUACGCGUACAGCCUAGUGAGCUAUCCCAAAAUGAAAAUGACUUCUACCAAAAGCAUCUCUUAGAUGUAGUGCGCGAUGACGUCGUAUCUCUUGCAAACAUUUCUAACACAAUCAGUUCUUCAUCCAUCGAUAUCCAGCUAAGCACUGAAGACAUACUCUCAGCGUUGCAUGGUGUUGAGGAUUUCCCUAUCACUGAAUAUAAUCAAAGGUUUAAAUUAUUUUUUAAGCUACAAUCUAAAUCCGAUGUUCUGAAAUUGAUUAGAAAAACUCAGGAUAGUAUUAGAUCCGGGGAAGCCUUUGUGGCGUUCUAUAGGGAGGUUAGGACCGGCUUCAGGACUGUCUUUACUGCACCGCUUUCCCCUGGAAGGAGCAGUAGCGAUAUUGAAAACACUAUGCAAGGUAGUGACUCUCUUAAUUCGGAUGGCCCUGUGAUGUCUCUGAUCAAUACCUCUGCACUUAAGUGGUACUGUGAAAUAGAUGCCCUUUUGGAUUCCAUGGCUCCGUCUGACCUUAAACGGUUAUUGGUCCAUCCACUUAAAAUAACACCGACUGAGCUUAGCCAGUGCAUUACCCCUCAACGGUCUAACUUACGUGUUGAACAUAGCAUUGCUUUGCAAACAACUGUUGAAUCCAUAAAGGGCCUGCUCUUUUCACUUGAAAAGGACAGUCACGAGCUGCUCAGCAAACUGGUUAUUGAAGCCACGGGAUUUCCCUAUCUCACGGGGGUUUCUAUUCAAGUUGGCGAUGGCCCGAAGCCUUACUUACUUCCUAUGGAUCUUGCGGCACACACCACAACGCAUCCAACCUGGGCUCGCCUAAUGGGGCUCGCUUAA